GGGGUGCUCAGUACUAAUAAAGACAACAGGCAGGCAGAGUAACAGUCUCAUUUCCUUCUUGCAGAAGCAGAGGUAGCAUUUUGUGUGAGAGUCACCUCCUGCAGAUUCUAAACCAUGGCUGAAGAUGAGGUUGCCGCUCUGGUGGUGGACAAUGGGUCUGGAAUGUGUAAGGCCGGCUUUGCAGGUGAUGAUGCUCCCAGGGCUGUGUUUCCCUCCAUUGUGGGACGCCCCCGUCACCAGGGGGUGAUGGUUGGAAUGGGUCAGAAAGACAGUUAUGUUGGCGAUGAAGCCCAGAGCAAGAGGGGCAUUCUGACCCUGAAGUACCCGAUUGAACAUGGUAUUGUGACCAACUGGGAUGACAUGGAGAAGAUCUGGCACCACACCUUCUACAACGAAUUGCGAGUGGCCCCAGAGGAGCAUCCUGUUCUCCUCACGGAGGCACCCCUCAACCCCAAAGCCAACAGGGAGAAGAUGACCCAGAUCAUGUUUGAGACCUUCAACACACCAGCCAUGUACGUUGCCAUUCAAGCCGUGCUGUCCUUGUACGCCUCUGGGCGUACGACUGGCAUUGUGCUCGAUUCUGGUGAUGGUGUGUCCCACACCGUGCCCAUCUAUGAAGGGUACGCCUUGCCUCAUGCCAUCCUGAGAUUGGAUUUGGCUGGCCGGGAUCUCACUGAUUACAUGAUGAAGAUCCUGACCGAACGUGGGUAUUCCUUCACGACCACAGCCGAGAGGGAGAUUGUGCGUGACAUCAAGGAGAAACUUGCUUACGUUGCCCUGGACUUUGACUCUGAGAUGCAGACAGCCGGCUCCUCCUCAGCCUUGGAGAAAAGUUACGAGCUGCCUGAUGGUCAAGUCAUCACCAUUGGCAACGAGCGCUUCAGGUGCCCAGAAACCCUGUUCCAGCCCUCCUUCAUUGGUAUGGAGUCAGCUGGCAUCCAUGAGACCACUUAUAACAGUAUAAUGAAAUGUGAUGUAGAUAUCAGGAAGGAUCUGUAUGCUAACAUUGUCCUGUCUGGUGGAACCACCAUGUUCCCAGGUAUUGCUGAUCGGAUGCAGAAGGAAAUCACAGCCUUGGCUCCGAGCACAAUGAAGAUUAAGAUCAUCUCUCCCCCGGAGAGGAAGUAUUCAGUAUGGAUCGGAGGUUCCAUCUUGGCUUCUCUCUCCACCUUCCAGCAAAUGUGGAUCAGUAAGCAGGAGUAUGAUGAGUCUGGGCCAUCCAUUGUCCAUCGCAAGUGUUUCUAACAUGCUUCUAGGGCUCUAGCCGUUGUCCAGAGCUUAGUCACUUUCAAUGUGACUUUAAGUCUCUGCUGUUUCACAGGUUGUCAACUCUACAUUUGCCCACUGUGACACGUUGCAUACAUCCUGCCUUUCCUAGUGCCUUUUUCACAUCCUUCCCUCUAAAUUCUGUUCAAAGCUAGGAGAACUGCUGUUUAAUAUUCCAAUGAAUAAUGGAGACCAGUCUGAGAUAUGAAAUGGUGUAAUAGUUCCAGAGUUUGCUUCAAGGAAUACCAAUAUUUCAGAGGGAGCAGGCAGGAUUAUGCAAAUCUCGAGGCUUCAGUGCUACAGUUGAGAAAUCUGCUUUUGUAAUGGGUCUGUAUUUUAUCUUUGACAUUCUGAAAUAAAAAAUCUUGAAUUGA